GAGACUGACACUCCGAGUGGAUCCACUCGUCGACGAAUCACUGUAGACAAUUAUUUAUCGGUGUUUGACGAAUCGGAUGAAUCCGAUACAUGUUUGGAUUCUGAAGCUCAUGCAACUUUCACACCGAAAGUCGCGCAAUCCUCCAAGAAAAUACUCAUGUUCAAACCGGAUAAACCGAAAGCGAAGCGUCCGAAUAAACUCGAAAAUUCGAAAGGUGGACGAACAAAGGAUUUUCGGCGUUAUUCGUCUGAGUCUGUUAGAGCAGAAACCGGGAAACAAUCGCCUGAACCUCCUCCUUUCACUUUGGAAACGCCGUCAUCGAAGUCUGUAUUUCAGGAAGCGUUGAUGGAAUCCCAAAUGUGGCAACAGCAAAUUGACUGUCUGACGCUAACAUUGGACGAAGUGGUUCACAUUCGAAGUGUUCUGACGAGGGCGGAGUUGGAGACA